AUGCCCUCGCCAUUGUUCACGGUGCUGGUGGUCGUGUGGGUGGCAUGCGGCACAGCGAUAGCGGCGUGGCUGCUGUGGGAUCGGCACAAGCAGUACGAGGAUCACAGGGAGGAGGCGCUAGGCUUGUGGUGCAAGGAGCGCGCCCUCACGCUGCAGCAACUCGUUCUGGCCCACGCGGGGCAGAUACAGACUCUGGCGGGGUUAAUCUCUGUGAUGGGAACGCCAGGGCGGCCGGGCAAGUGGGACAUGGGGUGGUGUUUGAACUGCAACUUGUGGAUGUCGUAUCUCACUCGCACCGCUCAAACCCGCCCGGGGAACACCGGUGCGCUCGCGUGUACGGUGGUGCGCGAUGCAGAGAGGGCGGCCUUUGAGCGGGAAUACGGCAGCAUCAGAGACAACACGCUGAUUGUCAGCGCCCACCGCCCCAUCUACUGCGCCAAGGUCCUCGAGCUCACAACGCUGUGGGCCACCAACGGCCCCAGCAACAUCGACAUGUUUCAGCGAUUCUCCUGGGCCAUCCCAUUGGUGGAGGCAGGAAGGCACUUCUAUACCUGGCCCUACCCCCUCGCUAACCCGCUCACUCAUGCCGGAUUCGGUGUGGUCUUUCCUCUCUUUCGCAACCUCCCCACCAACCACUCGAAUCAGUCAGCAGCAGGGCGAGCAGUUUACGGGUCACUAGCUGCUUCCGUUGACGUGACUUACAUUGCUCAGAAGGUCCUAGAAGAGCUGUAUGCGCCUGACCCAUCCAAGUCCUUUGAGCUAUACGACAUCACCGAUCCAACCACUCUCUCCGCCAUCGUCUCUCCAGUCCCUCCCCACGCCUACUUCCGCCCCGACGACAAGCUCCCCUACAUGCACCCCUCCCCAGAGUCCGAAACUCGUCCCUGGGAGCAUCGAGCCGUGGUGCCUUUGGAGGAGAUGGGAGGGGGGGUGAGAAAGUACGAGGUCUGGUGCAGGCACACCCAGCCCCCCAGCGCGUGGCAGCAGUGGGGCAUCCCCAUCCUCAUCGCCGGAUCUAGAUCGUGA